ACUAUUAUUCCUUUCUACUCAUCAAUUGAAGUUCAACUCUCAGUUUUAAAAAUACCGACUGAACUCAGCGGUCGUACUACAAGAACAGUUAACAUUUGCAUAAGAGAUGUCAGCAGAACGGUAUCCCUUUACUUUUGAAGCUUCCCGAGUUAUGACGAAAGUUGAGAAAAAAAUCUUCUCAUUAGAAUCGUAGGAAAUAUGGCUAUAAAAUUAAAUUUUCUGAUAAGAAAGUCGGAGGUUAGAAAUCAAAUACGCUGCUGAAAUAUCCCUGAAAGUUAUUCCUGACUAAAGUAUUUUAGGAAAUUAGAUCGUCUAUAUUUCAAGGAAAUUUCAAAGUAUUUCGUUAUAUAAAAAAGAAACAAGUAAGAAGUAUUUAUUUCGAUAGGCACUGAUUUAGGUCAUAGAUAGUUAUAAUCUGUGGUUUUAGGGUUAUUAUUUGUGAUCUGUGGUUCACGUUUGUUUAUUGUUUUUCUUGAAUAUGAUAAUUGGACAAGCUGUAUAUUCUAUAUUAUUUUGGAUUUUUGUUGUUUGUUGAAAAGUUUUUGUAACAUCUUUUAUAUGUUUGUUUGUCCCCAAAAAAAUUAUGUUUACAUUGUGAUUUCAAUUAGAAAUUGAAUGAUAUUGUACAUUACAAAAUAAAACAAAAUUAAAAUGAACAAUUGUCCAGAAGAAUUCGAUUUCGACGAUUAUAAAUAUGAGGAUGAUGAGGAUCAGGACAACAACAAGGCAGAAGAAAGUAAUGAAGAUACUGAAGAUGCUAGUGAAACUGAUAUUGGGAACAAUGAAGGUCCAAUAGAAAUCAAAGAGCAAAUGUAUCAGGAUAAGUUGGCUAUUUUGAAGAAAAAAUUACAACAGUUGAAGGAUGGAACACAUCCUGAAUUCAAUGCAAGAAUAAUUGCAUUGAGAGCUGAGUUUCAAGAUAGGCUGCAAAUGAACAAGUUGCAUUCUGAACAUCUGUUACAAACUAUUGAAAAGGAAUAUGCACAAGAAAAAAAAGCAGCAGUGAAAGAAUUCGAAGAAAAGAAAAUAGACCUCAAAGAAAAUUUAAUAUCAGAUUUAGAAGAUAAAAAGAGAAGUAUAGAGGCUGAAAGGUAUUCUUUCGAACUAAGUGGAGAUCCUAUGGAAGUGAAACCGGUUAUGACGAGAAAGUUGCGUAGAAGACCCAAUGAUCCUAUCCCGGCCCCAGAAAAAAGAAGAAAAAUACCAACUACUCAAAUUGUACAUUUAUUAGAUGAAAAAGAUAUAGAGCAUGAUCUCAGAUUAAUAUCUAGAGGGAAACUUGUGACACCAACUAGAAAACGAAGCGAUAGCGUUUCUGAUCCGGUCCUUGUUCAAAACUCUUCGGUUCCGGUUCACUCUACCUUGCCAUUUCAAGAGUUGACAGCCGCUGAAGCAAGGGAGACUAGGAUAGAAGACGGCAAACUGCUAUGUAAAAGAAGGUGGUUCCAUAGAGGAAGGACUGUUACUGUAGUAACUAAAGAUUCUUCGGAAUAUACUGCAAAUAUUUCUGCCAUAGGAAGUGAUGCUAUUUGGGUGAAAAAAUCUGACGGUACCAAAGUAAAAAUUCAUGUGAAUCACCUAGCAAGAGGGGAAAUAAUACUCAAGAUGAGAUGACUUUCACAUGAGAGAUUUUAUGACAUGUCGAAAAUGAGAUACAAAGAAAGUAAUAUACAAAGUAUAUGUAAAAAUAAUUUUUUUUUCAAAAGUUAACUAUGGUAUGAUAUAAUGUGCUCUUUGUUAUGUGUUCGUGAGAAAUUUGUACUGUUGCAGAUUGAAAAAGUUUUAAUUUAUAAUAAAACAGUUCCCAAAGA